CUGCCAGCCCCCACCUGUCUGAAGGACUGUGGCGGGAAGCCUGAGCCUCCAUCCUCGUGUGUGUCCGCAGAGCUGUGGCUGGUCUGGGUGGCCCGGCCCAGGCCUUUCCAGGGCCCGGAGUUGCAGAUACCCCUGAGGCAUGAGCUGGGGCUGUUCUCAUCUCUCUCCACAGCCCCCAGGACUAGAGAAGCACGCAGUGUGUUGCUGGAAGCCGAGAAGAGCCCUCCCCAGCCCAUCUCCCCGUGCCCACCGCCCUGCCCCAGGCUCAGCCGUGGGACGCGUCUCGGCACACCUAGUCUGAGGGGUGGGGGGGGGGCGCGGAGGAGCUACUUGGCCACCACAGUGACCCCGACAGAUAGGACACCGUGUGGAACUUCUAGCUGAAACAGGGCUUCGGGAUAGCCCUGCCCUGGCUGCUGGGGGUGCCCUCAGCCUCCCCCUAGCUCCCGCAGCCCGGCCGGAGCUCAACCUGGUGUCCGGAGCGCUCCCGGCACCUGCCUUGCUGCUCUGUCCCGUUGCUGAGGCUCGCUCUCCCUGCGGCGCUGUGGCCGUGGCCAGGCACUUCCCCUGUGCACGUAACAAGUAUCUUACGAGGGGUGCGUGAAGCAGGGUGUUGUCCCCGCCCUUCACGCAUCCUCCCGCGCAUUUAUCUGUUGGUGUCUGUGUGACUCGUGGGGUCUCGCUCUCUUCGACCAGCUGUCAUCGGCCACUCUCACGGUUUACUUUGAUGGUGGAAUUAUGUCAGACUGGGCCCCCUCAGCUGGCCCCUGUGGGCACCGACGUGUCCCCGUCCCUGUCGGACACUUCCUGUUUCACUACACGCCUCCCCUGCCCUGGAACCAGCCGUUUCUCCAAGGAGCCCGGUUCCUGUCCUGGGAGGAUGGCAUUAGAAGCCAAGUUCAGGGUGUUAGGGGUGCUCAUUGCAACUGGGGUAUUGCUGCUCCCUAGCCCUCUUGGAGGGCAGAGCAGGACGUUCUGAAAAUCACCACUGCCCACUGACUGCUUCUGUCCCAGGUGUCCCAUCUGGCCACACGGGGCUCCUCCUGGCUGGUCCUCCUGGGAUCAGCCUGCCCCUGCGGGCCUGACUCCCCGUCUCUGCCACCACCCUGCCCCAUCCUGAGUCUCGGCUCCAGGCCUCUCCCCUGGAUGGAUGCUGCCCUCCACUGGCUCAGCUCUGACCCUGCACUGGGCCAUUCGUCUCACCCCACUGUUCAUGGGGCACAAACACAUGGGCACUUUCGUGUGAAGCAUAAUAAGCCACUUCCUUUAGCGCCGAAAUGGUUUAGGCUCUUCCGUAGGUCUGUGCCAUUCCAACUGGCCUGGCCCACAGUAGCCAAGAGAGAUGUUCCCCCUCCAUGUCUCCGGAGCUGAGGCAGGGUGCUGGGUGCCUGCCCCCAUGCCCAUCUCGCCGUUCCCAGCCACCUCCCCCUGGUCCUUGGUCCUCGUGUUUUGGGGAGCUGGGCGGCCUGGAGGGUCUGGGCCAUACAGAGAGAGGCAGGCUGACAUCAAGAGCCCCUCUGAGGGGCAGGAUGUGCCCAGCACCUGCACACACACUGACCCUCGUGUCCCCUGCAGAGGAAGAGGACGCCCUGGCGUUCGACCUGCGGCGCCUGGCCACGCUGGCCUCAGCCUGGUCCCUGCUGGAGGCCGCCGGCCUGGACAGCCCCUCCACCACCGCCCAGCCCCCAGCUGCCGACACCUGCAGGGCUCCCACACUCACACCCCGCAUGCAGAUCCUGCAGCGCAAGGACACCUGGACCCCCAAGACCAAGCCUGUCUGCCCCCUGAAGGCCGCCAUCGACCGGCUGGACACGCAGGAGGUGGAGAUGCGCGUGCGGCUGGCCGACCUUCAGCGGCGCUAUAAGGAGAAGCAGCAGGAGCUAGUGCGCCUGCAGCGCAGGCAUGACCACGAGAGAGAGGAGAGCUCGCGCAGCCCUGCACGGCGAGGGCCCGGCCGGCCGAGGAAGCGCAAGUACUCCAGCCUGCUGCCCACUCUGCGUCCUGGGGGCCAGCUCCCCAGGGGCGACAGCAAGAAAGUCAAGGCAGUGCGGUCCAGCCUGAGCUUGCUGUGUGCUGAGCUGCGGGGCGGGGACGAGCCCCCAAAGAAGCGGAACCGGCUGGAGUCCGGCGUGUAUGUGGGCCUGCAGCCAGCCUCUGUGGACAAGGUUCAGUGCAAGAAGAGCAGUGGGCAGGGCGAGCUGGCGUCCGCUGUGGCCCACAAGGUGGCCCAGCUGAAGCCGAAGGUCAAGAGCAAGGGGCUGCCUGCUGGCCUCAGCCCCUUCAGGCGGAAGGAGCCCGCUCCAGGGGGACGCAUCCGGAAGAAGCUGUCCCGAGCCAAGGGCACCAAGGUGCCGGGGGCAGCCCGGCACGCACAGCCAGAGGACGGCGGCGCCAGCAGGGAGACGCCCAAGUUCCCGGGCCAGGCAGCGGUGGCCGCAGUGCAGGAGGCAGGCAGUGGCUAUGACAGUGAGAACUGCGAAAGGUUCUUGGGGACAGAGGCACCCCCCAAGGAGCCCGGGCUGGUGCUGCAUGCGGGGGCCAGCGUGGCCAUGCUGGGGCCCUCACCCUCUUCCGUGGUCAAGAUGGAGGCCAACCAGAAGGCCAAGAAGAAGAAGGAGAGGCAGGGCUUGCUAGGGGCCUGCCGCCUGUCCAGCCCAGAGAGCGAGGUCAAGGUCAAGAGGCGCACGGUGCAGGCCAAGGUGGGCACCAAGCUGGAGCGGGCCCCAGGGCGCAGGCCCCCAGGCGCACCAGGCAAAAAGAAAGCCAAGGGCAAGGCCAAAGGCAGCCUGCGGGCAGACCCGGGGGCCACCCCCAGCAGGGACACCCUCUUCAGCCCCGCCCGGGCCUUCACCUGCCGUGAGGAGGGCAGCAAGCUGGCCAGCGAGCGUCUCAAAAGAGCCACACGCAAGAGCACAAUCCUCCAGCCGGGACUGCGGCGGAAGAACGGGGCCCUGUCCAUCGCCCUGUCACCACGCAAUGCCAAGGCCAUCCUGGGGAAGGGCAGGAAGGUGGGCAAGGUGAAAAGCAAGGCUGUCGGCAAGCAGGGCAAGGGCCGGGCCGUGAGUCGGCUGCUGGAGAGCUUUGCUGUGGAGGACGAUUUUGCGUUUGACGACAACAGCAGCUUUGAGGAAGAGGAGGAAGAAGAGGAGGAGCCCAGAGCGGCCAGCCGGCCUCUGAGCGCCGAGCAGAGCGCAGCCCUGGCGCGCUCGUGCACCAUCCACAAGGAGGACCUGCAGGACGGGCUGCCCGUGCUCAUUCCCAAGGAGGACAGUCUGCUGUACGCGGGCAGCGUCAGGACCCUGCAGCCCCCCGACAUCUACAGCAUUGUCAUUGAGGGGGAGAGAGGCAACCGGCAGAGGAUCUACUCUCUGGAGCAGCUGCUGCAGGAGGCCGUUCUGGAUGUCCGGCCGCAGUCCAGCCGCUACCUCCCACCAGGCACGAGGGUCUGCGCCUACUGGAGCCAGAAGUCCCGUUGUCUGUAUCCAGGCAACGUGGUCCGAGGUACCUGCAGCGACGAGGAGGAGGACCUGGACUCUGUGGUCGUGGAGUUUGAUGACGGCGACACAGGCCAUAUCGCCAUCUCCAACAUCAGGCUGCUGCCUCCGGACUUCAAAAUCCAGUGCACCGAGCCCUCGCCCGCCCUGCUGGUGUCCAGCAGCUGCCGGAGGACCAAGAAGGCUUCCUUCGAGGCCCCGCCGCCCGGCGAGGCCCCCGCCCCCAGCCUGUCCCCCAAAGCGCACGACGGCCCUGAAGCCUCCAAGGCCCCCGGGAAGAAGUCCGUCAGCAAAGACAAAGCCGGCAAAGCGGAGCUCCUCACCUCAGGUGCCAAGCCCCCCGCGGGGGCCUCAGACCACCUCCUGGGCCGCCGGGGCAGCCCGCUGCUGAGCUGGUCGGCGGUGGCGCAGACGAAGCGGAAGGCGGCGGCGGCGGGCGGCAAGGGGCCGGCCGCGCUGCAGAACCUCUUCCAGCUCAACGGCAGCACCAAGAAGCUGCGGGCCCGCGAGGCGCUCUUCCCCGUGCAUAGCAUGGCGGCGCCCGUGUUCGGCAACGGCUUCCGCGCCGACUCCUUCAGCAGCCUGGCCAGCGCCUACGCCCCCUUCGUCGGCGGGGCCGGGCCGGGCCUGCCCGGGGGCGCCCACAGGCUGCUGCGGGCCAAGAAGGCCGAGCGCGCAGAGGCCGAGAAGGGAGCGCGGCGGCGGGCGGGCGGCGAGUUCCUGGUCAAGCUGGACCACGAGGGCGUGACCUCCCCCAAGAACAAGAACUGCAAGGCGCUGCUCUUGGGCGACAAGGACCCCGGGCCCAAGCUGGGGCGGCCCCUGCCCAGCCCCAGCUACGCGCACCCGGCCCUCGUGGGCAAGGACAGGAAGGGGCGGGCGCCCAUGCACCCCCUGCCCAUGGGGCUGGCGCUGCGCAAGUUCGCGGGCCAGGCCGAGUUCCCACUGCCCUGCGACAGCGACUGCCCCAGCUCCUACUCGGACGAUGAGGAGGAUGGGCCCGGGCUGGCCCCCGGCGCGCCCUCCCGCUUCCUCGCCCGCCUGUCCGUGUCGUCCUCCUCCUCAGGCUCCUCCACCUCGUCGUCCUCGGGCUCGCUGUCCACCUCCAGCCUCUGCACCUCGGACGACGAGGGCUCUUCCUACAGCUCGGAUGACGAGGACCCCGCCUUGCUGCUGCAGACCUGCCUGUCCCACCCGGUGCCCGCCCUCCUGGCCCAGCCCGAGGCCUUGCGCUCCAAGGCCGGCGGGCCCCACGCGCACGCCCAGCGCUGCUUCCUGUCCAGGGCCGCGGGGGCCGGCGGGGGCGCGGGCUCGGGCCCCAGCGGCAGCAAGUCCAAGCUCAAGCGCAAGGAGGCUCUGAGCUUCUCCAAAGCCAAAGAGCUCCCGCGGAGGCAGCGGCUCCCCUCCGUGGAAAACCGGCCAAAGAUCUCAGCCUUCCUGCCCGCCCGGCAGCUCUGGAAGUGGUCGGGGAACCCCACGCAGAGGCGGGGCAUGAAGGGGAAAGCCAGGAAGCUGUUCUACAAGGCCAUCGUCCGGGGCAAGGAGACGCUGCGCAUCGGGGACUGUGCCGUCUUCCUGUCGGCUGGGCGGCCCAACCUGCCCUACAUCGGCCGCAUUGAGAGCAUGUGGGAGUCAUGGGGCAGCAACAUGGUGGUGAAGGUCAAGUGGUUCUACCACCCGGAGGAGACCAAGCUGGGGAAGCGGCAGAGCGACGGGAAGAAUGCGCUCUACCAGUCCUGCCACGAGGACGAGAACGACGUGCAGACCAUCUCCCACAAGUGCCAGGUGGUGGGGCGAGAGCAGUACGAGCAGAUGACGCGGAGCCGGAAGUGCCAGGACCGGCGGGACCUCUACUACCUGGCGGGCACCUAUGACCCCACCACGGGGCGCCUGGUGGCGGCCGACGGAGCGCCCAUCCUGUGCUGAGCCUGGCCGAACUGAGGGAACAGCUGGGAGCCAGCAUCGAGUCAGCAAAUACGCAAACCCAGGCAGGCAAGGCCCAGGCUUCGCAUUCCUUUCCCUGGGGAGCGGGCGCGCCUGGUGGGGGCGCCGGGCCCCUUCGGAGGGUCCCCCAGCCUCUGCCUCCUGGCCCCGCGCUCCGCGUCCCCAUCGGCAGUUCCCGAGAGAUUAGAAUCCAAGCCAUAUUUUCCCUAGUACCUCCGACUGUCUCCCACCAGGGAAAGCAGAAAUCAGGUGUGCUGUCUAUUUAUUUCUCUCUGUAAAUACUGUAUUUCUGCGGGAAGUUUUAUGGAAAAAAAUAGUGGAAAAGGAUUUUUUCCCCACACGCGUGACGAGGGUGUAUGUGCAUGCGUGUGCGUGUGUGUGUGUGCGUGCGUGUGUGUGUGUAGGUUUCGUUCUGGGGGUUUUCGUUGAAAAUGCACUGUUUUGCUCAGCCUAGCUGAGUUCUGACAGGGGCGUCUGUGGCAACAGAAGCAGCUGGGGGUGGGGGCGGUCACGGGGGGUGGACGGGACCCUCAGUCCCUGCGCUGAUCGCGGGACCGCGUGAGAUGGAGUCACACUGCUGUUUCUUCCCUUUUGAUCCACCUACGAGGAAACAGGAAGGAGGAAACGUGUAGCGGGGGUGUGGGGUGGGGGAGGUCACGAUGAGGGUCCCUGGGGAGAGAAGGGUUUCCAGAGGCUAAAAUGAAAACCAGGAUCAGCCGGUCCCCCCAGCCUGGGAUUGUGACAGCCAUACAUGUAAUCUUACCUCGGUUUAAAACAAAACAAAUAUGAACAAAUGUUUUAAAGUAUCGAUACGAAAAAGUGAUGUUUUGAUUUUAUUUCCUGAAUAUUCCAAGGUAUUUCUGAUUUCCGUUGUGAUGGCCAGUUUGCCCAGCCUCCACUCAGAGCAGGGAAGGGACCAGCCCCCACCAACUCACGUGGAGGUUCCAGGGCCUUUUCUGUGGCCACUGGGCAGGGCAGGUGGCCUGGCGGGCAGGCCAGGCUUGGGGUGUGGGGCCAGCUCGGGUCCCUCCUGCCUGCCCGAACCCACGCCCUCAGGGGCUGUUCACCCCUGCACCCAGACCCUCGGCACCACCCCGGGAGCCUCAGAGUAUUUGUCACCCCCUCACCUCUCCUGUGGCAAGAGAGACAGGGCGAGCCAGACCCAUGGCCCAGCGGCCCUUGUCCCAGAAACAUGGAGGGCCAUGUGUCCCCACGUGCCACCACACCCCCUGGGAGCCCCAGGAAAACCCCCAAGUUAGUCACUGUUCCUUAGGACGAGUUUUUGUGUGACCACAGACCUGCAGCCCAGGUCCCCGGGAAAUGUGGGAUGUCUGUGGGUGCCCGGCACCCCAACCUAGCCCCUCUCUGCCCUUCCUUUCCAGCCGGGAAACCACCCCGGCCCCACCUCCCGCUUCUGGCUCCAUGGGAAGUACAGGGGCAGGGAGGGGGUCCCCUGCACCCCAGCUUACCUCUCCCACCCCGUUCUCCCCUUUGUCUCGGCACGAGUGCAAUAUUUCAGUCCUGGUGAUCACCCGGGAGGCGGCGCCCGAGGGCCUGCUCGCGGCUGGACAAGCAGAGUGGAGAAGACGCGCCGGGUGCCAAGGCGCUGAGUGGGGACAGCCCAGCCACAAAAGUUAGAGCGUAAGGCUCUCUUCAAGCCCAGGCACUGAGCGAAGGAAAAGACCCUUCUCUUGGCCCUCGCACUGACUCUCUCCCCUCCGUCCCUCUACCCGUGCAUGUGGGCGGUGUGGCCCGCCCUCUGACCGCGGUUAGACCUGGCGGAGCUCGGCUCUUGUAAAUGUGUAAACUAAGAGGAUGGUUGGAUUUUUUUUUCAAUGUAAACACUAAAAACAAACAAACAAAAAAAAACACAAAGGUUUUAUGAACAGCAAACUCUAUGUAAAGGCAUUUUAGUAUUAAAUUUUUUAUUGAUAACUUGCUUAAGAAUAAAUAUAUGAACUAUUGUACAGGU